GAGACGUUUCUGAAACACUUCAACUUGUUUAUUGUGGAGAACGAGGCCAGCGGAUCGUCUUAUAUCAGGACAGUUUCUGACUUCAAUAGAGGCGUCAUGUACUCGCUGGACCUCAAGAGCGGCAUCUGCCAAUCGACCGCCAUCUCGGCGUCCAACGUGGGCGCCUACUCUAUCGGCGGCGGGAUGGUGCAGAUGAGGACGUCCAAACAGUUCUUUGACUUGGACAGCGAUUCUUACCAGUAUGUGGGCAAA